UUACGAAGUGAAUAAUGUGCUUUUCGGCAGAGUUAGUAGUACAUAGAGAAAUAUUUUUAAAAAGAAGUGAACAAUUAAAUUCAUUGAAAUGGACGACUUUGUGGAACCAGGUGCCGUGCGACAUGGGAAUUUCAUAAAUUACUAUGACUUCAAUUCGGCACCAGAACGUCGUGAUUUAUUGCCAUUGGACGAUGACCUGUGGAGAACAACAACUGAAGCAUCACAACAGCCUUACCUAGUCUUAGAUGUUGGAUGUAACGCCGGCAAUUUCACACAACUACUUUACGAAUUUUUAGUGCAGAAAAAACCCAAUCGAAAGAUUAUCAUGCUUGGCGUUGAUAUUGAUCCGGUCCUAAUUGAACGAGCUACACAAGCGAAUCAAUUUAAAGAAAAUGUCUUUUAUUCGUGUUACAAUGUUAUGGAAUAUGACGAUGCAGAGAAUUGCAUAGCAAAUCAUUUGAAAGCCCAAGGAAAAUACCAAUUUGAUGUUGUCUGUUGCUUCUCAAUCACCAUGUGGAUCCAUUUGAACAACGGUGACGAUGGUUUGCUACGAUUUCUAGAUCUUAUGGUACAAUUAAGUGAAAUUUUGGUCAUAGAACCACAACCGUGGAGCUGUUACAAAAAUGCAGUCCGUCGAAUGAAACGAGCCGGAGCUCAAGAUACAUUCCCAUUAUUUGGGGCGUUGAAAAUGCGAAAUGACGUUGAACAAAGCAUUAAAGAUUAUUUGAAAUGUAAGAAACUGCUUGCGAUUAUUUAUGAAAGUGAUGCCACCAAAUGGAAACGAAAGAUUUGCUUUUAUCGAAAAGGUGCUUGAAUUUUCAGAAGGGAAAAGUGGUGAAAGGUGGGACAAAAAUUGAAAAAUGUACAAAAGAUGAAAGAAAAGAAAAGAAAAACGAAAACGUAGAAAAAUAAGCAAAAUAAGGCAAAAAAAAACAAAAAUUUGAUAAACAUGUAAAUUGAAAGAAAAAUUGUUGAAUGAAAAAUCGACAAUUUGUAAAUAACCAUAUCAAUGAAUUUUAUUCAACGAAUAUAUUUUUAAUAGAACUCAUUUUUUUUUAUUAAAUUGCAACACUGAUCGGUUUUGUUCACUGAUUGGUUUUGUUAAGAAUGUUCAA